AUGACUGUGAUCGCAUCGUAUUGUUUUAAUUUUAACGAAGUUCCUGUUUUUCGAGCUGUAUUUAAAAUCUCAAUUAUUGACAAGUCUGAAUUAGUUGAAAUUAAGGGCAAUGUUGCUGUUGAGGCGAGCGUUAGCUGUUAUUUAUGUUUUAAGUUGCCAAGAGAAACUGCCAUAAUCUCGCCCAAAAAACAAGAAGUCAUCAACUUCGUCCUCCCCCUCAGCGGCCACUACAAAAUCUUCCGCCGCUUCCUCAAGAUGUACGAAGACGUCUGCCUCAAACGCCAAGAAGAAGCCAAACUCUUCGUCGUCCUCUACCAGAACGACCGAUCCUCGGACUUCCUCCGCAGCGGCGCCCUCAUCGAAGACGUCCAGCGCACCUACGGCAGCGACGCCGUCGUCGCCAUCCACACCAACGAGACCUUCUCCAGAGCCCGGGCCCUCGAGCGCGGCUUGAGCCUCCUCAGCGACGACGACCUGGUGCUCUUUAUGGACGUGGACAUGAUCUUCCACCCCCGCAGCCUCCAGCGCGUCCGCCAGAACACCGUCAAGGAAAAAAGUGUGUAUUUCCCCAUAGUGUAUAGCCUGUACAAUCCUCGACUUCUGAACAGGACGUACCCCGAUAAUUACUCAUUUUUCAGCGACGAUAUCGUGGACGAAGACAGCGGUUUCUGGCGGCAGUUCGGGUUCGGGAUCGUGAGUUUGUACAAAAGUGACUACGUGGGUUUGGGGGGGUUGAACUUGCUGAUAUCCGGGUGGGGGUUCGAGGACGUCACCUUCUACGACAACGCGAUCAAGUCGAGCUUGAGGAUCGUGAGGAGCGUCGAUCCUAAUUUGAUCCACGUCUAUCACUCCAUCGAAUGUGAUAUUAAUUUAGACGCUGCGCAAAAAACUAUGUGCUUGGGGACUCAGGCGAAUAUGUUGGGGUCUUUGAAGCAGCUGCAGAAGGUGUACGAGAGGUAUGAGGAGGUGGUUGUUAGCUAG